CUGGGAGUUAACAAUAAAAUAAAAAUAAUAAAGUAUUCUUAUACAUUCAUGUUUGGACACAUUGCCUUUACCCUGGAGGCUAUGAUAAAAAAAUAAAAGGGAUAACACGUUUAGUCAACGGCAGGUAUGUGUCAUACACACAGAUACGCACGUUCAGUUCACCAUUUUAUUUUGAAAGCGACAUAAUUCAUGUGAAACAUGCAUUGUGUCACAACUUUUAGAAAUCUAAUGAAACUUCUUCUAGACUAGGUUUUGUAUGAUAUGAGUAAAAUCCUUUCACUUUGUGUAUGCUUUAACGUAUUUUUACAUAUACAUAAAAACAACCCAGACUUGUGUGUGUAUGUGUGUGUGUGUCACCUGUACAAUAUAUUAUACUUCUCACUAUUUGCAUUGUGUGCGUAAUGAGAAUCUAAAAAAAAGAGACAACAAAUAAAGUCAGUCAGGAGAUAUUUUCACAUAAAAGAUAGCAUAGAAGAUAGUUAAAGGGGGUGUCAACACAGACACACGGUGUUGUAAUAUUGACAGAGCAGCCAUCUCACACAGAUAAAAGUUGUGUGCAGGCGGACUUUCUGAAAAAAAACCAGAUGGCUAAGACAAGAAUGAUCUCAAAUAAUGAUGACAGCACAGAUGGAAGGAAUAAUGGAUCUUCCCGCACAGUCAGAGUUGGGUCCAGAAGCCUUCCUCUGUAUCCACUGGUUAUCGUGUGUUUAGCACUGCUGAACAUUAUACUGAUGUUUACCGGUAUUGGGAUUGGGAUUUACUGUGGAAAAGUAAGUGGGGAAUCCAACUCCUACCAAAUAACAGCACAAGCCCUCAUCUUAGAGGUGAAGCAACUUCAGGUGAUGCAGACUGAAGUGAUCAAAGCUCAAGAAGAGGCCCGACACGCAUUAGAGACAGAGCUGGAGAGCCACCGGCUGCUGAAACUUCAGUUAGAGCAGAUCCAGGCCCUCGGCGACGGCGUCCAGACCCAGAUUGAGAGCCUACAUAAGGAGAAAGAUACACUGACGGCCAAUUCAUCUGAUAUUCUACAAAAUUGCGGUCGCUGCCAGUCAGGAUGGCGUUUAUUCAACAUGUCAUGCUACUUACAUUCUGGAUCCCAACACUUGAAGACCUGGCAUGACAGCAGGCAGGACUGUCUCAGGCGGGGCGCAGAUCUGGCUGUGAUUAAUAACUUGCAGGAGCAGUUGAAUCUUUAUGAAUACCUACCCAAACGAGAUCCAAGCAUUCGACCGUGGUGGAGACAUCCAGGAGGCAUUUGGAUCGGCCUUACAGAUAUUCAAACAGAGGGCAAUUGGACGUGGGUAAAUAAUGUGCCUCUGCAGGAUGGAGGGUACUGGAUGCAAGGGGAACCCAACAACGCAGGAACGGAGGAGGACUGCUUAGCAAUCAUGAACAUGAAAAACUCCAAGGCAACAUGGUACGAUGCCAGCUGUAGUCUGCAAAAGGAAUGGUUGUGUGAAAAGGAACCCAACUAUCUCGGCGGUCGCAGCAGACUCAUUUUUACCGUUGAAAUGGAGGGAGGAGAAAAUUCAGGUGGUUCUUUUGAUGGUUCAUAUAACAAACUGAUUCAUCCAGAGGACUCCAGUGACGAUGACCGCAGUCUCCACUCAAACCAAGAGAAGCAACAAGUGUCCAUGUUGAUGGUGAGGCCUGCAUCCCGUUUGGAUCAUUACAAACGGCUUACAGUAGGCCUGGCGGUGCUUGCUGUCGUUCUCUUGGCAAGUGACGUUGGCCUGGGAGUUUAUUAUAAAAAGCUAACAAAUGGACAGGAUGUAAAUGACAUCAGGAGCGAGGUGGCCAAACUGCAAGCUUCUCACAACUCUGCAAUCCAAAGCAGGGAUGAAGCGAAGAAGCAGCUGGAAAGGGAGAUCAGUGGGCAGCAAAUGACCAAAUGGGAGAUUGAACACCAGAGUAGAAAAAUCAAAAACUACGAAGCGCUCAGUGACAGAAUCCAAAUGGAGGUUUCGGCGUUGAAGUCCCACAUCCCAAUGAUUAAAAACGGCUGCAGGCACUGUCUCCCCGGGUGGACGUUCAUGAACUCGCUGUGUUACUUCUUCCCAUUCUCUGACGCUAUUCAACGCAGAUCAUGGCCAGAAGCCAGAGAGUUCUGCAGAAACAAAGGAGCUGACUUGGCAGUGAUCGACACCAGGGAGAAACUCAUGGCAAUACAUAGCUUGAUAAAUAAUAAUCAUAACCCCUCACUGGACGUAAGCAUGACGGGCUUUUGGAUCGGAUUGAGAGAUGUGGAGGAGGAAGGGAUUUGGAAAUGGCUGGAUGGAACAAGACUGACUGAAGGAUAUUGGAAUGAUGGAGAGCCCAACAAUAGCGGCAAUGAGGACUGUGCAGCAACGUAUCCCAGAGGGAAUCCCUUUCAGGCCUGGAAUGAUGCGCCGUGCAGUUAUGACCUGAAAUGGAUCUGCCAAGGAACACCAAGUGUUAAUGUGUUAAAGUCCAUUUAAUUGUUUGAAUAAAAAAUGAACUGUUUUUAUUAAAGACUUUUAAAUCUC